UCUUAACGCCCAGGUGUCAUUAUUUUUUGCUUUAACAGGUCAAACAUUAGUAAACAAGGAUUACAUUUGGCCCUGAGACGUGGGCUCACCACACAUUUAGUUACUGACUAAAGUCAGAUGGUUAAACAUUUAUUUUGAGAUGUAAUAAAACGAUCUACCAGAGUUUGUUUCACACAUCAUCUGCUGUGUGAAAAUGGUGGAUUUUGGAGAGAUUCUGAGAACUAUCGGAGACUUUGGUUUCUUCCAGAAGCUUAUCAUUUUGGGGUUAGCCUUCCAAAAUUUCUUACUGCCCAUUUUCUUUAGUAGUUUUCUUUUUAUCCAGUCAGAUCCAGAGCGACACUGUAACACAGACUGGAUCCUUCAGGCUGACUCUAACCUGACUGCAGAUGAGCAGCUGAACCUGACUCUGCCCCGGGAGGAAGAUGGGACCUUCAGCAGGUGUCGGAUGUUUGUCCCCGUGGACUGGGACAUUGGUGCCAUCAGGGAGUACGGACUCAAUGAGACCACAGGGUGCCAAAAUGGAUGGGUGUACAGCAGCACGCUGUAUGAGGCCACCAUAGUCACUGAUUUUGAUCUCGUCUGUGACAAGUCUAACAUGGCUGAAGUUACGCAGACAGUCUUCAUGACUGGUUUGCUUUCUGGUUCAUUUAUCUUUGGACCUAUAUCUGAAUCGUACGGCCGCAGGAGAACCACCCAGUUACCAGUUGUCCUUUUGCUAACAUUUGUCACAGUUGCUGGUGUGUCUUCAAAUUUCAUUGUUUACGUGGUGUCACAGUUCAUAGUUGGAGCUGCACUCGGAGGAUAUAGAAUUAACUCCGUUGUAUUAGCUACAGAGUGGAUUGGGGUCACCAAAAGGUCCUUUGCCUCAUGUAUGAGCCAGAUGUUUGGAGGUCUUGGACAGUGUGCCAUGGCUGGUCUGAGCUAUGCUAUUCGUGACUGGAGAAUAGCACAGUAUGUCAUGGCAGGAGUGCAGGCCUUUGUAUUCAUGUACAUAUGGUGGAUUCCUGAAUCUGCAAGGUGGUUACUUGGACAGGGAAGAACCGAAGAAGCGAAUAAAUUGAUACGUAGAGUUGCAGCAAUCAAUAAAAAGAAAAUCCCAGAGAAUCUGCUGGACGAGGUAACUGGGGACCGAGAAGUCCAAAGUGGAGGAAUCAAAGCAAUUUUUACCUCAAUAAUCCUGAUGAAAUAUUUCUUCAUUAUAUCUUUUGCCUGGUUUUCAUUAAAUCUAGGCUACUUCUGCCUUGUUCUGAAUGUGGGUAAGUUUGGUCUGAACAUCUUCCUGGUUCAGUUCCUGUUUGGGAUCUCUGAGAUACCAGCACAUCUCCUCUGUAUCUGGGUUCUGGAAUUGAUGGGGAGGAAAAAAUCCCUGAUAACAACCCUCCUGACAGGUGGUUUUGUUUGCCUCUUAACCCUGGCUUUCCCUCAAGACAGUGCUGUUGUCAUCACAGCCCUUGUAACCACUGGAAAGUUCUUUUUGAACUGGGCUAGUUCGGUAUGUAUGGUCUACAUUCAGGAGUUGUUUCCCACUUCUGUCAGGCAAACAGCUGUUGGCUUAGGGUCUAUAGCCUUUAGAGUAGCAGGCUUGCUGUCUCCGUUGCUCAACAUGUUGGCCAUAUACCACUGGUCCAUACCCAUCACAGUCUUCAGCAGCCUUACGGUGAUCAGUGGAGCUCUUGUCUUCCUGCUUCCUGAGACCAGGAGAAAAGAGCUUCCUGAUUCAGCUAAAGAGGCCGAAGGCAACAGGAAUAUGACCACCAAGAAGACGGGAAGUGACUCCAACAUGGCUGAACACAUCAGAAAAUCCACCAAACUCUAGUCGGAAUACUGUAUUUUUACAUGUUUUUUGUUGCGUGUGAUAUGAGCUUGUUAAGUAGAAUAUUCUAAUUUGGACAGUUUGUACCUUUUUAAUGCUGCGUUUAAUGUUGAGUCACCCAGUGUGUUUGCUCAUGUACUAUAUCUGACUCAGUUGUAUGUUUUUGCUGCUGUCGUUACCGUUCUGUCGUUAAAAUAAAACAGUGAUGGAGAAUGUA